AUGGUGCUGCCCAACUGCCCCAUGGCGGAGUUCGCGCUGCCGCGCCACAGCGCGGUCAUGGAGCGCCUCCGCAGGCGCAUCGAGCUGUGCCGGCGCCACCACAGCACCUGCGAGGCCCGUUACGAGGCCGUAUCGCCCGAGCGCCUGGAGCUCGAGCGCCAGCACACCUUCGCCCUCCACCAGCGCUGCAUCCAGGCCAAGGCCAAGCGCGCCGGCAAACACCGGCAGCCACCCGCUCCGGCCCCGGCCGCGGCCCCGGCGCCCGCCUCCGCCCCGGCGCCCGGCGCGCCCGCCUCCGCCCCGCGCCUCGACGCUGCCGAGGGCCCGGAGCACGGCCGCCCGGUCGCGCAUCUCCAUGAUACAGUGAAGAGGAACCUCGACAGUGCCACUUCCCCCCAAAAUGUUGAUCAACAGAAUGGCUAUGGAGACCUCUUUCCGGGGCACAAGAAGACCCGCCGGGAGGUCGCUCUGGGAGUAGCUGUCUCCUCCAAUGGUCUGCCUCCAGCCUCCCCGCUGGGUCCACCUGACAAGCUGGGGGCAGAGGCCCUGCAGGCCAGUGGGAAGCACCCGCUGGGGCUGGAUUCCAUCAACAAGAAGUGUCUGGUAGACUCGAGCCUCCACGUGAAUGGAGGCAGCAACCCCGGUGAGUCGUUCCCUCUGAGCCUGAAUAAGGAACUGAAGCAGGAGCCCAUGGAUGACCUGCCUUGCAUGAUCUCAGGGGCUGGGGGCUCCAUAUCACAAAGCAACCUCAUGCCUGACCUCAACCUUAAUGAGCAGGAGUGGAAGGAGCUCAUCGAGGAACUGAACAGGUCAGUGCCCGAUGAAGACAUGAAGGAUCUGUUUAAUGAGGACUUCGAGGAAAAGAAGGACCCAGAGUCUUCUGGUUCUGCCACACAGACCCCCUUGGCCCAGGACAUUAAUAUUAAGACAGAAUUUUCUCCAGCAGCCUUUGAACAAGAACACUUGGGCUCUCCACAAGUGAGGGCUGGGUCUGCAGGACAGACCUAUAUGGGGCCUUCAGCAGGCCCGAUGAGCACAGAGUCACCCAGUCUAGGGGGCUCCCAGCCUCUUUUCCACACCCCUGCUCAGCCCGGGGUGGACAAUCCUAGUCCCAGUCUGAUGCUGGCAUCAGCCCAGACCCAGAAUGCACAAAGAGCCCUUUCCAGUGUGGUGGUGCCCAGCCAGGGCCCGGGAGGGGCCUCAGAGCUGUCCUCUGCCCACCAGCUCCAGCAGAUAGCUGCCAAACAGAAGCGUGAACAGAUGCUCCAGAACUCACAGCAGGCAGCCCCUGCUCCAGCCCCAGGCCAGAUGUCCACAUGGCAGCAGACAGGCCCCUCCCACAGCCCCUUAAAUGUCCCUUACCCUAUGGAGAAAGCUGCCAGCCCUGCUGGCUACAAGCAAGAUUUCACCAGCUCCAAAUUGCUCAUGAUGCCCAGUGUAAAUAAGAGUUCCCCUCGGCCUGGAGGUCCCUACCUCCAGCCCAGCCAUGUGAACCUGCUGAGUCACCAGCCGUCAAGUAACUUGGCUCAGAAUGCUGUGACUAACCAAGGGGCGGUACUGGACUAUGGCAAUACCAAACCCCUUUCUCAUUACAAAGCAGACUGUGGGCAAAACGGCCCUGGGUCUGGCCAGAGCAAGACGGCCCUGUUGGCGUAUCUUCCCCAGCAGCUGCCUCUAAGCAGCGAGCAGAACUCCUUGUUUCUUAUGAAGCCAAAGCCGGGAAACAUGCCUUUCCGAUCACUGGUUCCACCUAGCCAGGAGCAGAGCACCACCGGUGGCCCCGCAGCCACCCAGGCGGCAGCGCCUGCCGUGUCUGGGGCUGGCGCACACAGCAGCGCCCCCUACCUGAGAAGCCCGCAGCAGGCGGCCGUUAUGAAGCAGCGCCAGCUGCUCCUGGACCCUCAGCAGCAGCAGCAGCAGCAGCACAAGCAUCUGCAGCAGCAGCAGUUCCUGCAGCGACAGCAGCACCUUCUGGCAGGACAGGAGAAGCAGCAGUUUCAGCGCCAUCUGACCCGCCCACCACCCCAGUACCAAGACCCAACACAGAGCACCUUCCCACAGCAGGUUGGCCAGUUCACAGGGUCCUCUGCUGCCGUGUCUGGCAUGAACAACUUGGGUCCAUCUAACCCCAGCUGUCCACGCGUGUUCCCUCAGGCUGGGAAUCUAAUGCCAAUGGGUCCUGGACACACUUCGGUUUCCACUCUACCCUCGAACUCAGGCCAGCAGGAACGGGGUGUGGCUCAGUUCACUGGCUCUCAGAGUAUGCCACAGAGCAGCCUCUAUGGGAUGGCCUCUGGCGUGACCCAAAUGGUUGCCCAGCCCCCACCCCAGGCCACCAAUGGACAUGCCCAUAUUCCACGGCAGACCAGCGUGGGCCAGAGCACCUCGGUUUCAGCUGCUUAUGGGCAGAACUCUCUGGGGAGCUCUGGCCUCUCCCAGCAGCACAAUAAGGGGGCCCUGAACUCUGGGUUAACUAAACCACAGGUCCCGAGGGUGUCAGCAGCCAUGGGAAGCCAGAAUCCCUCAUGGCAACAUCAGGGAAUGCCAAACCUGAGUGGCCAGGCCCCAGGGAACAGCACAGUGAGCCCCUUCACCGCAGCCUCCAGUUUCCACAUGCAGCAGGCCCACCUGAAAAUGUCCAGCCCACAGUUCUCCCAGGCAGUGCCCAGCAGGCCCAUGGCUCCCAUGAGCUCAGCAGCUGCAGCGGGGCCCAUGCUGCCCGCUGUGGGCACAGCACAGAGGACCGGUGCCCCUGCUCCCACGCCGCCCCAGGGGGCCCCACAGCAGGGCUUGCCAGGCCUGAGCUCAGCGGGGCCUGAGCUGGGGGCCUUUAGCCAGAGCCCCGCCCCGCCGAUGGGUGGCCGGGCAGGGCUGCACUGUGCCCAGCCCUACCCUUUGCGGACCGCGGGCCAGGAGCUGCCCUUUGCCUACAGUGGGCAGCCAGGUGGCAGUGGGCUGGCCAGCAUGGCUGGAGAUGCUGACCUGAUUGACUCCCUGCUGAAGAACAGGACUUCAGAAGAGUGGAUGAAUGACUUGGACGACCUUUUAGGGCCUCAAUGACGAGGAUUUGUGGUGUUCUCAGUGUUCACACAUCCUGUAUUUUUGUUCUCAGAUUCAAGAAGGACCUACUACUUUGGACCAAAAGCCCAUGGUCUGCAGGGCUGGGGAAGUAGAGUCAGAGCCCCGGAGCUGAGGCCUGGUCCUGGCCAGGACCUGCGGGGCAUGCGGCUCCAGGCCGGCAGUGUGGUCUGCGGGCUGGCCCAGCCUUCUCUGCUGGCAUCGUUCCCCGGUGUAGGGACAGCAGGACAGGGUUUGCAGGUGGUUUUCUGUCCAAAUGACCAAAAAACAGCAGUAACAAAAGUGAAACCUGUUUCACUAUGUCAGGCUUUUAAAACCUGCACCAUCACAUUAACUGAAUACAAUAUUUCUCCACUUGCCCCAGUGUUAGCGAUGAGUUUUUGUUGCAACUUUAUAUAGCAGAACUAUUUGCAGGUUGUAGCAUAGAAAAGAUUAAAAAUUUUUAAAGGGUUUAAAACAGAUUAGGAUAGGUGGUGGUUUAAGUUGAUUAAGUGGCAUUGGAAACGUUGGGUUUCCUUUUGAUUUUAAGAGCCUUUUUUACUCCUGAUCUUUGUCCACUUUUAGGGGAAAGGGAGGGUCACUGGAAAAUCAUUUCCGUAAGUUCAGGCUGUGAUCACAUGUGCCAAAAGGGAACAGGAUGCCAUGAGAUGGCAAAGCUGGUGACACAGAUGUGGCCUUCCCAGCUCCUCCCCAAGGCUGUGCUUCCAGGUUGGCAUCUGCGCAGCCUGCCAAGGAGUCCCUGUGUCCCAUGCAGGUAGCAGGGCCCCGGGCAGCCUACAGGCUAAACACUGACAUGGGGUAUGUGGGAUUCCUGCAUCCACUUUUGUUAUAACUCCCCACCUCCUGCAGUUUCCGUGAAAACUUGGAUUGAAUGCAUUAGGAAGGUGAUCGCUGCUGAGCUGUGCCCGGAUGUUUGUCCUGUACCCCUUGCCCUCCGUUCCGUGACCUUUCUCUCUUUCUGCAGCCCAAAUAGAAACCCUCUUUAAAGCAAUGACUUACUAGAUUGGCAGGGAAGAGAAAGAGUCAUUAAAAUUCCCUAGCAAGUCCUAGCAUUGUAGGACAGAGGGCAUCCCCUGGCCCGGAGGGCAGGGAACAGGAAAGAGAACAAGAGGUGUGCCCCACUUGGCAGGGAGGCCACAGCCCAGCAGUGGAGGGCAUACCACUUCUCGCCACUCCUGCCACUCGCACAUCAGAUGACUUGCACUUUCUAUAGAGCAUUGCUUUAUAACACUAAUACAUCCUUUCUAAAGACGCAAGUGGAUUUCUCUUUUAAGGUCUAUGAGUUAAUGGGCUUGACUAAGCCAAGAGUCCACAACACAGUAUUUAUUACCUGUGGGCUGUUUGUGGAAGAUGAAGAUGGAGAGAGCACUCAGUGUAAGGAACGCAGGAAGGUACACGCAGGGUGAGACCUGUGUAAACAGAGUGUUGGAGAGAAAAUAGUACACUGAAAAGAGUGGCCUGUAUCCACAAUAGUCUCUGGAGAGACCGCAACCCAGUUUUAUUUCCCUGGAGUCUCAAGAUGGAUAAUUCAAGGAGUAUGGGAAGAAUUGAGCCAAGGAGAGUCCCCACGGAAGCAGCCUAUGAGUGGCUCUUGGGUAAAAGGGUUGUACACACCUCUGUAAUUGUUUUGCACCAGCAGUGCCUUUAAUGGGGGGACUUGGACCCUCAGAUCCUCUUCUCUGAUAGCCAUUUGCCACCAUGGGUGGUGUUUGGGCCAUUUCCCCUUUAAAAACCCUCCCUGCCUUCCCCAGAUGCUGAAUUUAGCUCUCGAAGAAGGGAAUGAAUCAUAAAACCAGUGAAGACUCCACCCUCUGAGUGAGUUCCCCAAUCUGAAGGGGAAGAGGGUGUCUUCAGCAGGUUUUCUACCAAAAAUAGGUGAGGCUGGUGAUGGAUCCUUGUCCCUCUCCUGGUCUCCUGGCUGCUGCUCGCCUCUGUCCCUCCUGGGGUGGGCUGCCCCUCCUUGUCCUGGGGCUGCCAGUGUCAGAGCAAUAAAAUGUGAUGCUUGGGGUUCCCGGGCCAGGGAGCCACCAGCCAUGGCUUUAUUUAUGAACCUGGUUUGGGUAGUCAGGGAGGAGCCGACUGCUUCAGUGCAAACCCCUCCACCAGGGGCCAUGACUCAAGAAAAGGGUGCUUGGACUUUGGUUAUACACAUUUGCUUUGUGUAAAUAAAUGUUUACAAUUUUAUAUUAAAGAUGGAGUAAGCGUUAGAGCUUCUGACUGUAUAUUUUUUACUUUUAUAGAUUUUAAAGUGAUCCUUUAUAUAUGUGUUUGGGGGGAGCUAUGAUAAGUUUUACGGCAAACAGUUGGUAUUAUUAUCGUUUUAUUGUCAUCAAAGUACAUAAAAGUCCUAUUAAUCCCUACUUCUUAUUAUUCUACUUCUUUAACUCUGGUAUACACCAAAAAGAGAUCUUUACUUUCCUUGUUUUAUCAUUAUAAAAUAAUAAAAGUAUUUUGCUAGUAUGGAAA